CAGCGACAAGCAGAGCCUGCUGGACGCCAUCAAGAGCAUCGCCUACAAGGGAGGCAAUACCAAGACAGGUCGUGCCAUCGCCCACGUGAAGGACAUCAUCUUCACGGAGGAGGGCGGGAUGCGCCGGGGGGUCCCCAACGUCCUGGUGGUCCUGACCGACGGCCGCUCCCAGGACGACGUCAACAAGGUCUCCAAGGAGAUGCAGCUGGAAGGUCACAUCGUGUUCGCCAUCGGCUUCGCGGACGCGGACUACGGUGAGCUGGUGAGCAUCGCCAGCGCGCCCAGCGAGCGCCACGUCUUCUUCGUGGACGACCUCGACGCCUUCCAGAAGAUCGAGGAGAAGCUGGUCACCUUCGUGUGCGAAGCAGCCUCCGCUACCUGUCCGUCAGUCCCUCUGAGUGGCAGCAACACACCAGGUUUCAGGAUGAUGGAGCACUUCAGUCUGGUGGAGGGUCGCCAUGCCGACGUACCGGGCGUUUCCAUGGUGCCCGGGACCUUCAACACCUUCCCGUCUUUCCUCCUGCAUAGCAACGCCCUGUUGUCACAGCCUACCAAGUUCAUCCACCCAGAAGGCCUCCCCUCUGACUACACCAUCAGCCUGAUGUUCCGGCUGGUCUCCAGCACCCCGCCCGAGCCCUUCGCCCUCUGGGAGAUCCUCAACCUGGAGAACCAGCCGCUGGUGGGCGUCAUCCUGGACAACGGAGGGAAGACGCUGACGUUCUUCAACAACGACUACCGGGGGGAGUUCCAGACGGUGACCUUCGAAGGACCGCACAUCAAGAAGCUCUUCUACGGCAGCUUCCACAAGCUCCACCUGUCAGUCAGUAAGACGCGGGCCCAGGUGGUGGUGGACUGCCAGCUGGUGGAGGAGAAGGCCAUCAGCGCAGCGGGAAACAUCUCCACCGACGGCCAGGAAGUCCUGGGGAGGAUGGUCCGGUCCAGGGACAACCGGGAGAGCUCCGCCCCGUUCCAGCUCCAGUCCUUUGACAUUGUGUGCAGCACCUCGUGGGCCGGUCGAGACAAGUGCUGUGAGCUCCCUGGUCUGAGGAAGGAGGAAGACUGCCCCGCCCUCCCCAAGGCCUGCUCCUGCAGCCAGGACAGCAAGGGCCCCCCCGGCCCCACGGGGCCCCCGGGCGGUCCGGGGAUCCGAGGAAGCAGAGGAGACCGAGGGGAGCCAGGACCUGUGGGCCCGGUGGGGCCUGUCGGGGACGUCGGGGUCUCAGGACCUCAGGGGCCGGCGGGACCCCAAGGACCGACCGGCCGCUCCAUCAUGGGAGCUCCGGGCUCCCAGGGGGAGAGUGGGGAGAAGGGGGAGGUGGGACAGAAAGGACCACAGGGGGUCCCGGGGUCACCGGGCGCCACGGGGAGAGAGGGUCAGUCCGGACCGAGGGGACUGGCGGGGAAGGACGGACCGACCGGACGAAACGGACCCCCGGGACCCAUCGGGGGUCCAGGGAACCAAGGGGCUCCAGGGAAUACUGGAAGUCCUGGAAAACAAGGAGACCUCGGACCCCCGGGGCCUCCCGGAACCAGGGGGGAGAAGGGGGAGCGGGGAGACCUCCAGUCCUCAGCAUCAGUUCAGUCCAUUGCCAGGCAGGUGUGUGAGCAGCUGAUCCAGAGCCACCUGGCCCGCUACAGCUCCAUCCUGAACCAGGUGCCCAGCCAGCCGGUGGCGGUGCGCAGCGUCCCGGGCCCCCCCGGGGAGUCCGGACGCUCCGGGGCCCCGGGCCCGCAGGGGGAGCAGGGGCCCGGGGGCCGGCCCGGGUUCCCCGGGUCCAACGGGGAGAACGGCCUCCCGGGGGCCAGAGGUGAUGCUGGAGAGAAGGGGGAGAAGGGGUCUCAAGGUGUUGGAAUCCAAGGACCGAGAGGAACCCCGGGACCCCCUGGGCCCCCUGGGCAGGGCAGGACGGGCAGCCAGGGUUCGAGCGGGCGUCCUGGCAACUCCGGCCCCCCAGGCCGGUCGGGGGUCCCUGGCUCGGUGGGGCCCUCAGGUCCCCCAGGGUACUGCGACCAGAACGCCUGCAUGGGCUACAACGUAGGAGUCCAGCUCCCCUCCAGCUCCUUCCAGAACUACGAGGAGGCGGACGUGGAGGACCCCUACCGCUACGGGGGGGGGGGCUACCCCUCUGAGUACUACCAGCCCAACUACCCCGCCCCGCGGCCGGUCGCCCCCGACGACCCCUCCGAGGUCCACCGCUCGGCCCGCAGCCUGACUGCGGGAGCAGCAGGAGGCGCGGCGCGGAGGGAGGAGGAGGAGGAGCAGAAGGUGGUGCAGAAGGUGGUGCAGACGGCGGUCAGGAGCUCUCUGACGGAGAGGCUGAGGAGGGGCGCCCAGAAGGGUCCCGGGACUAACUGAUGAUGGAGAUGGAGGAGGAGGAGGAGGAGGAGGAGGAGGAGGAGGCUGCUGAUUGGCUAUCGGUCAGCGCAGGGGACCAUCUGAACAGGAGCCUGGCCCUGGGGCCACUCCCCCUGGGGCCCUUACCCUGAGGCCACACCCCCUGGGGCCCUUACCCUGAGGCCACACCCCCUGGGGGCCCCUGCCCCUUAGGCCACUCCCCCUGGGUCAACUCUGGAUAUAAAUUAGAAUAUUUUUAAAUAAUUAAUACCCUUACCAUCGGUUGUUUUGUCUUGACCUCCUUCAGAUUUACCAGAACCGUAUUUUUGAUUCCCUUGCUUUGUCUCUUUCUACAAAUAUCCUUAUCUACACUAGUACUAGUUACUUCAACUAGUAAAGU